AUCCCUGUGCAAUGUGAUUAAUGCAUACUGCCUUGCCUGUCGUGGCUGCUAUGACAACUGCUUCUAUGUUCUGUUCAGUAACAAGAUCACCUUCUUAAUGGAACUACUGAUGCAUCAAUUGACGCUUUUUGUUCCAGCUGAAGACGAAGCCAUUGUUGGAAAGAGUGUGAGCAAACAGGUGUUUGAAGGGCUGACCACAGGGCUCCUGCAUACCUGUGCUACUGUGCUUGGAUGCUUGGCUAACCAACUUCCUGAGGCCAACAGCAAUCCUGGGACGCCAAAGAAAUUGGGGCAAGAAACAAAAAAUAACCUUUCGCAGAGUGAGCUCUGCAUCAGCAGGAUUCAGGAUCUCAUCAGCUAUGUGGUAUAUACUGGACUCACUGAUAAGUUGUAUGGCUGUUUCCUCUCAAUACAAGGGCCCAUUGAUGAGCAACCUAAAAUUGCCUCUUUUCUACAAAAUGUUACAGCCCUGCUACACAAUAUGUGCCGACUUUGCUUUGCUCUUGUCAAUCG